AGGAAACGUAGUAGUAUCAUUUAACAAGGAUUCUAAAUCCUAGGCAAAUUUCUAUAGAAUCAUUAUAUACCGGGGGAUUCAAUAUUUUCAAAUUAGGGCACAAAAUUAACCCAAUCCCUCCGCCCAAUGGCAACACCCGCGCUCGUCUCCGUCAAAGACGAACAAGAACACGAACAGUCAACCCCAACGCCACCGCAGCACCAACCACCAUUGCGUGUCAAAUCCGAACCACACACAGAAGACGAACCGCUCGCUAUCGUCGCCAUUCAACAUCAACAACAACAACCUCAAUUUUUCAAAUCUAUCGAACAACUCAACAAUCUCGCCUCCGCAAUCACCGAAUUCCACCGUAGAUUCCACGAAUUAAACGACCACCUCAAUUUCAUCGGCACCGCCAUUCAACAACAUGAUCAUCAACCAAUUCAAUCAGACUCCCCUUCACCAGCAAAAGCUAUCAGCCAAAUUCCGACACCGGCAACGGUACCGGCACCGACAUCAUCUUCGGAGCUUGUCAGUCUAUGCGAAAUGAUGUCGGGGAAAGGCCUCCGUAGAUACCUAACCAACAAUCUCUCAAACCUCUCGAAACUCCGGUCCGAGGUUCCGACCGCGAUAAAACGCUCUCCGAAUCCGGCUAAAUUAGUUUUAGAAUGCGUUGGAGGGUUUUAUUUGCAGGGGAGUAAAGCCUAUGCUAAGAAUUCACCAAUGAUCCCUGGUAGAACAGCUAGCAUUUUGGCUUUGGAGUUGUUUUUGUUAAUUCUUGAUGAUAGUGUUAAGUUUGAUGCUGAUGUUAAGCAAGAGGCGGAGCAGGCUGCUAUUGCUUGGAGGAAGAGGAUUUUAGCUGAAGGGAGUGUUAGUAAAGCUAGCGAAAUUGACGCAACGGGUUUGCUUCUUUUUAUUGGUUGUUAUGGGAUUCCGAAAGUUUUUACUAGUGGGGAUGUUUGGGAUUUGGUUAAGUUGAGUAAUUCCAAGAAGAUUUCUGAUGCUUUGAAAAGAUCACAUGUUCUUGUUACUAGAGUUUCAGAUAUCUUGGGAAGGAUGAUGAAUAGUGGAAUUAAGCUUGAAGCUGUUGAUGUAGCCUAUACUUUUGGGAUUGAGGAUAAGUUUCCUCCUCAGAAACUCUUGAAGUCUUUAUUGCGAGAUUCUAAAGAAGCAUUGAAGAAGAGAGAAAGAGAAACAAGCAACUCACCUGCAUUACUGAAAGAAGCAACCCAAAAGCAUUUGGCCACUCUGAAAUCUGUGAUGAAGUUUCUUGAACGUCGCAAGCUCGACCCUAAAACAAUUCUUCCUGGAUGGGAAUUUAGAGAAAAGAUAGAGAAGUUAGAGAAAGAUAUUGCUGACCUUAAUAAAAGGAUAGAUGAUAAGGUAAAGGUGGCACAAAAAAGGAGAGCUGAGGAGAAUGAAUUCUUAAACAAAUUGAAGAGUCAAGAAGCAAAACGUCCACGAUUUUCAGGUUCAACCCUGAUAUCGUCUCCAAGCUUUGGGUUGCAUGAACGAAGUGUUCAUGGGUCAACCAUGAUAUCUUCUCCAAGCUUUGGGUUGCAUGAACGAAGUGUUCACGUGGAUGGAAAUGGCUUGUACAACCCUUCUACGCAAACAAAUAUUCUGGAUGGUGGAAUCUCUGGUCGUAUCAACCCUUCUGCCGUAUCUAUGAUGUACGGAUCUGGUUCUUACUCGGCUGCAUAUGGUGUCCCAUCCACCAGUUCAUACCCUGGGGUUUACAGGGAGACACUUGGCGAUAGAUCUGGGAAUAUAAUGGGAAGUAAUACUUCAGCUUAUGGAUAUAAUGGACAUUCUUCAAUCAUUAACGGAACAAGGGAGCAGAGUUUUGUUCAUCAACCUGCAUCUGGAUUGUUCGUGUCAUCAUUAUCGAGAGAAGGUUAUAUUGGGGACUCUUCUAUGGUUAAUGGGACGAGGGAGCAGAGUUUUGUUCAUCAGUCUGCAUCUGGAUUGUUUGCGCCAUCAUUAUCAAGAGAAUUCACCGGUCUACCUUCGCCUACUCCUGCUGGUAACCGAAGCUCAGCUUCUGAUCUAUACAGUUUUGCUGAUGCUGUCAAGUGAAGACAGCAUUAAAACCGAAUGAGCCUGGCUCAUCACUGACAGGAAUUUAGCACACAAAACAACUUCUAUUGCGUGAUAUUUUUUGUUGCUUAAGAAAAUGGCAUCUUAGUCAUCAUCCAUCAGAAGAAUUCUGCUAAGUUCCCUGCUGAUGCAUCAGUUCGUAUGGCCAACAGAAUCAGCUUCUGAUAGUUACCUUGUGAUGCAAUGGGAAUUGAUAUUAAUGAUGGUUUGUUAAGUUUUUUAGGCUAAUUGCUGUUUUCUCAUGGCAAAUGUAUUUAUUUCAGCAGUGGUGGCCACAGUAGAUAAACUAGAAACUCAUUUGUUGCCUCGGCACUAUGGGCAAGUAGUACAAAAGUAGCGACCAGCAUAAUUCAUAGGAUUUUUUUUUUGUCAUUAUCGUUUUAUCCAUUUUUCAGGGAAAUUUGAUGUCUCUUUUUUAUUGUUUCUUUUA